AUGCAACAAUUAGAAUCUUGCCCAUUGUUUUGUGGAAAUCAUGGAAGAUACAUACGAUAUAUAAAUAAAAAUGUCUCAUAUUUUUGUCAAUAUGAUCAAGGUUAUUCGGGUUUACAUUGUGAUAUCAAACAAACUUGUUCUUGUUCACCGGAUUCAUUUUGUCUUACUUCAUCUAUUUGUGUUUGUCCAUUGAAAAAAUAUGGUCCAAAAUGUUAUUUAAAACAUUCAAUUUGUCAAUCAUCAAAUAAUUCAUGUGAAAAUGAUGGACUUUGUGUGUCUAUUGAUGAUUGUAUUGCUAGUAACAAGUUUACAUGUCUGUGUAAAAAAAGCUUUUAUGGAAGUGGAUGUGAAAAUGCUAAAAACAGAAUUUAUAUUAAAUUAGAUGAAAAAAUACUUGAAGGAACAACAGCUAUAUUUGUACAUUAUAUCACUGCAUUUGAAGAUUCCAAACAUCAACAUAUAACAACAUUGAAAAAGAUCAAAUAUAACGAAGUUGUAAUUACACUCUUUGUCACUUAUCCAUUUAAUAUUCUCACUGCUGAAUUAUUCAAUAAAAAUUAUUAUUUACUUAUUCAUGAUUGUCAAGGUUAUAGUGAUUGUGAAAAUGGUGGUCAAUGUUUUCAAGACAAUGCUACAUGUCCUAGUGUAUCAGUAUGUAGUUGUCCAGAUUGCUAUUAUGGAACGAAAUGUCAAUUUUCAACAAAAGAUUUUGUUUUAUCACUUGAUUAUAUUCUUCGUUAUCAUAUUAAACCAAAUAUUUUAAUUUUUCAACAACCAUUAAUUGUUACAAUGAGUAUGGUACUCACAACAGUAAUGUUCAUUUUUGGAUCGAUCAGUGCUUUUCUAUCUAUUUCGACAUUUCGCAUGAAGAAAACAAGAGAUGUGGGUUGCGGAUUUUAUUUAUUAGUUUCUUCAUGGAUUUCAAUAUUCAUUGUAAGUGUAUUGAUCAUCAAAUUUUGGCAAUUAGUUUUAUCUCAAAUGACUAUUCUUACGAAUCGAUCAUUGCUUACUUUAAAUUGUAUACUAUUAGAUAUGAUUCUUCAAGUUCUUUUAGCUUCAAAUGAUUGGCUUGAUGCAUGUGUCUCUAUUGAACGAAUAUUUACUGUUUUCAUAGGUGUUAAAUUUAAUAAAUCUAAAAGUAAAAAAAUAGCUAAAUGGAUAACUUUAAGUGUCAUUCUAUUAACACUUAUAACUCAUGUUCAUAUUCCUGUACAUCGUCGUUUAAUUGAUGAUAUUGGCAAUGAUAAACAACGAACUUGGUAUUUAGUUGAAUACUCUUCUUCAAUUCAUAUAUUCAACACAUUUAUUACUCUCGUACAUUUUCUUAUUCCAUUUACAAUUAAUUUAAUUUCGAUUUUGUUCAUUAUCAUCUUAAUAGCUCGUUUUCGUUUAAGUUCGCAACCAGCAUUAUCAUUCAGAAAACAUUUACAAUUACAAGCCAAACAAAAUAAACAUCAUCUGAUUGCAUCAUGUGCAUUGGUAUUUUUAGCAUUACCACGCUUAAUCAUAUCAUUUAUUACAGGAUGUAUGAAAUUACCACGUUAUUCAUGGUUAUUUCUUAUUGGUUAUUUAAUUUCAUUUUUACCAUCAAUGAUGACAUUUAUUGCAUAUAUUUUACCUUCAGAAACAUAUAAAGAUGCAUUUAAAAGUGCUAUGCAGCCAAUCAUUGAAUGCUUACGUAUAAAUAUUAAUUGA